GAGGCAACUCACUACAAUGCUCGAACUGUGGUGAGAUUUAAAGAAUUAAGAACUAAACUAAAACAGAGUAAUUCGGAAGAUGAGUUUUCUCGCGGGAAGGUUAGCGGGGAAAGAAGCAGCCUAUUUUUUCCAGGAAUCCAAACAAGCAGUGGGAAAGUUAGCCCAAAAAAACCCUCUUUCUAAGACCAACAACAACCUUAACCUGCACGAAGAAGAACAUGUCCAUGCCGAUGUUCUUCCCGAGGUUCUAAGGCACUCCCUUCCUUGCAAAGUGUUCAGAAACGAAACAGCCACCUCCUCUUCCUUCACUGCAUCCAAAUGGGCUCUUCAUUCCGAUCCCAAAACCCAUUCUUCCCUAUCCCCUGACGCUAUCAACCCUCUUCGUGCUUACCUUACCCUACCCCAGGUCACCUUUGGCCCCAAAAGAUGGGAACUGCCUCAAGCAGCAAACACGGUUUCAGCUUCAACAGCUAAUGAAUUGCGUCAAGAUAGGUAUAAUAAUCAUGUUAACCCCGAGAAGUUAAAAGCUGCAGCUGAAGGGCUUGCACAUGUUGGAAAGGCAUUUGCUGUUGCUACUACAAUUGUAUUUGGUGGUGCUGCAUUGGUAUUUGGUAUGGUGGCCUCCAAGUUAGAGGUGGAUAAUAUCAGUGACAUCAAAACUAAGGGAAAAGACUUUGUUGAGCCGCAGCUUGAGAAUAUCAAAGAGCAAUUUGUUCCCUUCAAAAUAUGGGCUGAUAAUAUGUCAAGAAGGUGGCAUAUGGAAAGCGAAGAUGUUAAGCAGAAGACUAUUGUAAAGGAGCUAUCUAAAAUUUGGGGUGCAAAAUCAACAGAUUGAGAUUUAUAGUUUUAUUUGUUCUCCUUUUUUACUUUAUUGGCAUGGACAACCAAACAUAGAUAAAAUGGAUGGAGUGUGCCUCUGGCUGUUAUUGUGGCUGUAAAUAUUGGAGCAUGCAGGAGAUUAAAAAUAAUACAAAGUAGUGUGUUAUGUCAAUAAUUAAGUUAAACCAGCAUGCCAAGGUAAUACUCGGGUCGGGUUCGGAUUUUUAAACGAGUACCUCAUGAUGUAAUAAAUGAAUUUUUUGGUAUAUGUUAAUUAAAUGGAGUGAGUUGGAGUAG